AUGCCCAAAAAGAACGUCGAGCACGUCGAGCACGUCGAGCACGUAGAAGAGGGCGUCGAACAAGUUGAACAAGUCGAAGAGCCAAACGAAGGGGAUGAAGAGCAAGAGCAAGUCGAACGGCACGUCGAAGGGGAAGAAGUAUACUCGGAUAAGGAGGUGAAAGAUAAAACGGAGAAAAGAACAAAGUCGGGGGAAGAUAAAAGGACACUGCGACCAUUGAUUCCCACCUAUUGGCAUCCCGACCUGCCCGACAAAACCACCGUGGGAUUUCCAAAUGGUGGAGUAGACUGCUAUCGAAAUGCCGUCUUCCAAAUGAUUCUACACAUGCCAAUUUUCUACAAUUGGCUCAUCUGGUACAAGGAGCACCAUGCCCCAGAGGGUCACGUUUGCAAACUGGGCAUAUCCGAGGACGGUCCCACGGAGUGUCAAGUUUGCCAACUUGCGACGAUCGCUCAAGGUUACUGGGCAGGGGAAACGAAAAGCUGGAAGCCUGCUUUUAGAUCCCUAACACGCUUGCUCUUGCGGGGUUGGAAACCAGCGGGGACAGACUCGGAACAAGACCCGGCAGAGUACUUUGACGUGCUUUACAAUGCGAUCAAAAACAGCACCAAGCCGAUGAUGCAAGGAGACUUGGAAGAUAUGUUCCAGGUCGAAAUCAUCAUGGCGAUGAAGUGCGCUGGGGCAAACCCUUGUGAGCCAAGAUAUAUUCCACGACAGCAACUGUUCAUGAUGAUCAACUUAUCCGGGGAGGAGGGCGAUGAACUCCCCGUGAAGCCUACGUUGGCCGAUAUCAUCGCCCAGCACUUUGACCACCAGGACGAUUACGGUGCGUGUGAGCAGUGUGGAGGCACCAGGACGUCCACAGACCACAUAGGAAGCUUUCCCGAGCUUCUCUUGGUUCAGCUCAACCGCACCAGUGCCAUGGGCGAGAAGAUCAGCACUCACGUAUAUCUGAGUGAGGACUUGGAUAUCGAGACACGGUUCAUGGAUGAACGCUGGGGGAACGAACGGAAAGUCAUCCAGUACAAAUUGACCUCGAUGGUCUUGCAUCAUGGCAGGGAUGUCACACAAGGUCAUUACAGUAUGGGUGUUAAAGGGAAAGGAGAUGAAUGGGUCAAGGCGAAUGACCUGGAAAUCACCGACUGGAUCCCCGAAGGGCCUGGAUGCAACCCAAACCAUCUCCCGACCGGUUAUCUCUUUACAUACCGCCGGUUACCUACGAAUGACAAAGUACAGACAGAGGGAGAAGCAGCCAAGGGAGGGAGAACCCCAGAGCCCGAGGACAUGCAAGUCGACUCCAAUUUCUUCGCAGAUUUUGUUUCUGGACUUCCAGAAGUAGACGAUAUCCCGAGCAGGUCCGAGGGAUUAGUGAGGGUACUGGAUGUGGUCAUUCCCAAGGUUCUCGAUACAUACAUAGCUUGCACGGCGGAAUCGAGGCGCAAGGAGUUUGAGAAAUGGGCAGAUGAAUGGGAGAAGAAAAGGGGAGUCAAAAGGGGAAUCCAAGAGACUUCCGCUAUUGGUCCAGACAUUGGUGACAAUGAGGAAAUUCUCAACUGGACUAAAGAACGAGGACGACUGGAGAUAACUUUGACUGGGGAUAAAGGAAAAGGAGCCAAAUUAUUGGAUCUUGAAGUUCAAGGGAUGCACUUCAAUAGACUCAAGAACAAUAAACGAGAAAGGGAGGAAGAGGAAGUCGACAGGGAAAAAGAAAAGACAUUUUCUAAAAUUUUCAACAAAGUCAAAGGCAAAGCGAAGAACUAUGAUGAAACUGGAGGAAAUGGAAAGAAGAAGAGUAAGAAGUAA